GCAUUUUCGUGCAUCAUAGGUUUUCAAAAUGGGACUAUAAGAACCUUAUCUUCAUGAAUGUCAUUGCGAUAAGGAAAUCCUUCCAACUACCAUUUCUCCUACGUUUGCCUCUAUCUGCUGCUUGUGAAUAUCGAAGGUAUUCAACUAGCUAUUGAGAGGAAAAUGUCGCCGAGAAUGAGAGUGGCGGUGGUGGGAGGCGGCGUAAGUGGGCUGGUGGCCGCAUACAUUCUGGAGGGUGGUGGGGUGGAGGUGGUACUCUACGAGAAGGAGGAUUACUUGGGCGGCCAUGCCAAGACCGUCACUGUCGAUGGAACUUCUCUCGACCUUGGUUUUAUGGUCUUUAAUCGAGUUACAUACCCAAACAUGAUGGAAUUCUUCGAGACUCUUGGAGUCGACAUGGAGCUCUCGGACAUGUCGUUCGCAGUGAGCUUGGACGGAGGUCGAGGAUGCGAGUGGGGCAGCCGGAACGGCUUCUCAGGAUUGUUUGCGCAGAAGACGAAUAUUCUCAACCCAUACUUUUGGACAAUGAUUAGAGAAAUAAUCAAAUUCAAGGAUGAUGUCCUAAAUUACCUUGAGCAGCUCGACAAUAAUCCAGACAUCGAUCGAACAGAAACAUUAGGCCACUUCGUCCAGUCACAUGGUUACUCCGAGUUAUUUCAGAAAGCUUAUCUUAUUCCGAUCUGUGGUUCAAUCUGGUCAUGCUCUUCGGAAGGAGUAAUGAGCUUCUCAGCAUAUUCAAUACUUUCAUUUUGUCGAAAUCACCAUCUUUUACAGCUUUUUGGUCGGCCUCAAUGGCUUACCGUCAAAUGGCGUUCCCAAGAUUAUGUUAAUAGGGUUAGGGAUGUGCUCGAAAGUAGAGGCAGUCAUAUAAGAACCAAUUCCGAAGUGUGUUCAGUUUCAACAAAUGAUGACGGUUGUACUAUAAGUUGUAAGGAUGGGUCGGAAGACACAUACGAUGGGUGCAUAAUUGCUGCACACGCUCCGGAUGCUCUCAAGAUGUUAGGACAGCAGGCAACCUUUGAUGAAUUAAGAAUACUCGGAGCAUUUCAAUACGCCUACAGUGAUAUUUUCCUUCAUCGCGACAAAACAUUGAUGCCCAGAAAUCCAGCCGCGUGGAGCGCUUGGAAUUUUCUUGGAUCCGUCGAUAACAAAGUUUGUGUGACGUAUUGGCUCAACAUCCUUCAGAACAUCUCUGAGACUGGGCUUCCUUUUCUAGUGACGCUAAAUCCCCCAUCCACGCCUGAACACACACUGCUUAAGUGGUCGACAGGCCACCCAAUCCCAUCUGUUGCUGCAACAAAAGCUUCAUCCGAGCUAAAUCUAAUCCAAGGAAAGAGGAGAAUAUGGUUUUGUGGAGCAUAUCAAGGCUAUGGCUUUCAUGAGGAUGGACUAAAGGCAGGUGUAGUUGCUGCAAACGGUUUGCUUAGAGAAAGAUGUACGCUUCAUAACAACCCCAAACACAUGGUACCUACCUGGCUGGAAACCGGGGCACGUCUUCUUGUUACUAGGUUUCUUGAUAGUUUUAUAGCGACUGGCUGCAUAAUUUUAUUGGAAACCGGAGGUACGAUGUUUACCUUUGAAGGCACCAAAAAGAAGAGCUCCUUGAAAGUAUCUUUGAGAAUCCAUACUCCUCAGUUUUACUGGAAGGUUGCGACUGAAGCUGAUUUAGGCCUAGCUGACGCCUAUAUUAACGGGGAUUUCUCUUUUGUUGAUAAGAAUGAAGGGCUUCUCAACCUUUUCAUGAUAUUUGUUGCCAACAGAGAUUUAAGUACUUCUACCUCAAAGUUAAACAACAAAAGGGGAUGGUGGACUCCUUUGCUUUUCACUUCCGCAAUAGCAUCUGCAAAGUAUUUCUUUCAACAUAUGUCAAGACAGAACACACUAACUCAGGCACGCCGCAACAUCUCAAGGCAUUACGACCUUAGCAACGAACUCUUUUCCUUGUUCCUGGACGAGACAAUGACGUACUCUUGUGCAAUAUUUAAGACUCAAGAUGAAGACUUGAAGAUUGCUCAGCUGAGGAAAGUCUUUCUUCUCAUUGAAAAGGCAAGAAUCAAUAAGAAUCACCACAUUUUAGAGAUAGGAUGUGGUUGGGGAACAUUAGCCAUUGAAGCCGUUAGACGAACUGGCUGCAAAUAUACGGGCAUCACCCUGUCGGAACAGCAGCUGCAAUAUGCUGAAGCUAAAGUCAAGGAAGCUGGCCUUCAGGAUCGUAUAAAAUUUCUUCUAUGCGACUACCGCCAAUUGCCCAACACCGAUAAAUACGACAGGAUAAUAUCCUGUGAGAUGUUAGAAGCUGUGGGGCAUGAGUAUAUGGAAGAGUUUUUUAGGUGCUGCGAAUCUGUACUACAGGAAGACGGUAUUCUCGUUCUUCAGUUCAUAUCGAUACCAGAUGAGAGGUACAACGAGUACAGGCAAAGUGCAGACUUCAUUAAGGAAUAUAUAUUCCCUGGUGGAUGUCUGCCCUCACUUAGCCGAGUAACAACAGCCAUGUCUGCUGCAUCAAGACUUUGCGUUGAGCACCUUGAAGACAUAGGAAUCCAUUACUAUCAAACGCUCAGACGUUGGCGGGAAAGCUUCCUCGAAAAGCAAAGUAAAAUCCAGGCUCUGGGAUUCGAUGAAAAGUUCAUCAGGACGUGGGAAUAUUAUUUCGACUAUUGUGCCGCUGGAUUCAAAACUUGUACUCUUGGAAACUACCAGAUUGUAUUCAGUCGACCUGGAAAUGUUGAGGCCUUCGGUGAUCCAUACAAGACUAUACCUUCUGCUUACUGACAGUUUCACUUCUAAUAAAUUGGCUUCUUUUGCAACUGUACAAGAUUUGUCUUUUCAGGGUUCAAGAGCAACCCGUCAAUCAUUAGUGGCAUAUAUAUUUCAUUUUUUGUGACUAUACAUAUUCGAGAAAAUUGUAAUAUUAGUCCCAAAUUAUGAGGUUUUUUUACAAGUUUGGUUCCAUGCUUUUGAAAACAGCCAAUUUUAGUCCAAACUUCUAUUUUUUCUUGUGUAAACUUAGUUUUACUGUUAAGCGAAAAGGGAACGUUCUUAGACGUGGUCGUUUGUAUGACUGGCUGUUUGUAUGGAAUUAUGUUCAAAGGCAGAUUGUGGUUUAUUUGCAA